GGAAAUUCCCCGGCGCGGGCAGGGAGCGGCUGCGGGUCAGCUGAGCGGCGCUGGGCGGGGUAGCAAGGCCCCGCAUCAGCCCCAGGCUUCCCAAGCCCUGCUGCCCGCUCCGCCGCCGCCACCCCCCCGGCAGGUUCCCUGAUCAGCGUCCCAUCCUGGUCGGGAGUUCUCUCCAGGCGGCAAGAUGCCGAGGAAACAGUGACCCUGAGCGAAGCCAAGUCGGGCGGCAGGAACUUCUGCAAUGUCCCAUCAACCUCUCAGCUGCCUCACUGAAAAGGGGGACAGCCCCAGUGAAAGCACAGGAAAUGGACCCCCACAUCUGGCCCACCCAAACCUGGACACGUUCACCCCGGAGGAGCUGCUGCAGCAGAUGAAAGAGCUCCUGACCGAGAACCACCAGCUGAAAGAAGCCAUGAAGCUAAAUAAUCAAGCCAUGAAAGGGAGAUUUGAGGAGCUUUCGGCCUGGACAGAGAAACAGAAGGAAGAACGCCAGUUUUUUGAGAUACAGAGCAAAGAAGCCAAAGAGCGUCUAAUGGCCUUGAGUCAUGAGAAUGAGAAAUUGAAGGAAGAGCUUGGAAAACUAAAAGGGAAAUCAGAAAGGUCAUCUGAGGACCCCACUGAUGACUCCAGGCUUCCCAGGGCAGAAGCGGAGCAGGAAAAGGACCAGCUCAGGACCCAGGUGGUGAGGCUACAAGCAGAGAAGGCAGACCUGUUGGGCAUCGUGUCUGAACUGCAGCUCAAGCUGAACUCCAGCGGCUCCUCAGAAGAUUCCUUUGUUGAAAUUAGGAUGGCUGAAGGAGAAGCAGAAGGGUCAGUAAAAGAAAUCAAGCAUAGUCCUGGGCCCACGAGAACAGUCUCCAGUGGCACGGCAUUGUCUAAAUAUAGGAGCAGAUCUGCAGAGGGGGCCAAGAAUUACUUGGAACAUGAGGAGUUAACUGUGAGCCAGCUCCUGCUGUGCCUAAGGGAAGGGAAUCAGAAGGUGGAGAGACUUGAAAUUGCACUCAAGGAGGCCAAAGAAAGAGUUUUAGAUUUUGAAAAGAAAGCAAGUAAUCGUUCUGAGAUUGAAACCCAGACAGAGGGGAGCACAGAGAAAGAGAAUGAUGAAGAGAAAGGCCCGGAGACUGUUGGAAGUGAAGUGGAAGCACUGAACCUUCAGGUGACAUCUCUGUUUAAGGAGCUUCAAGAGGCUCAUACAAAACUCAGCGAAGCUGAGCUAAUGAAGAAGAGACUUCAAGAAAAGUGUCAGGCCCUUGAAAGGAAAAAUUCUGCAACUCCAUCAGAGUUGAAUGAAAAGCAAGAGCUUGUUUAUACUAACAAAAAGUUAGAGCUACAAGUGGAAAGCAUGCUAUCAGAAAUCAAAAUGGAACAGGCUAAAACAGAGGAUGAAAAGUCCAAAUUAGCUGUGCUACAGAUGACACACAACAAGCUUCUUCAAGAACAUAAUAAUGCAUUGAAAGCAAUUGAGGAACUAACAAGAAAAGAGUCAGAAAAAGUGGACAGGGCAGUGCUGAAGGAACUGAGUGAAAAACUGGAACUGGCAGAGAAGGCUCUGGCUUCCAAACAGCUGCAAAUGGAUGAAAUGAAGCAAACCAUUGCCAAGCAGGAGGAGGACCUGGAAACCAUGACCGUCCUCAGGGCUCAGAUGGAAGUCUACUGUUCUGAUUUUCAUGCUGAAAGAGCAGCGAGAGAAAAAAUUCAUGAGCAAAAGGAGCAACUGGCAUUGCAGCUGGCAGUUCUGCUGAAAGAGAAUGAUGCUUUCGAAGACGGAGGCAGGCAGUCCUUGAUGGAGAUGCAGAGUCGUCACGGGGCGAGAACAGGUGACCCUGACCAGCAGGCUUACCUUGUUCAAAGAGGAGCUGAGGACUGGGACCGGCGGCCACAGCUGAAUAUUCCGAUUCAUUCUUGCCCCAAGUGUGGAGAGGUUCUGCCUGACAUAGACACGUUACAGAUUCACGUGAUGGAUUGCAUCAUUUAAGUGUUGAUGUGUCACCUCCCCAAAACUGUUGGUAAAUGUCAGAUUUUUUCCUCCAA